AUGUUCGAUCGUCCGAGAUGUCGCGACUGGAGUCCGCUGUCGACGCAGCAGCUACGGCUGCGCAGCUUAAUACAGAUAUCUGGACACAACAUUACCCUCCCGGACACGCACCCAAACCCGACGGCCCCCCUACCUGCCCCGAUAGUACCGACGGGGCGGCAUGGCAGACCGAAAUGUACCGUGUACUUUACGCUACACCAUGCGCCCCAAUCCGCCCCGUUUUACACGAGCGAACGGCUUGACCUGCACCGGAACGUGCUGUGGGCGGAAAUCGACUGCCCAGGCACGAUCAAAUCCUCCCUCCGGGGUGUGUGCGUGCGUGUGUGGGAACACAUCGAAACCCCGGCAGCGAAUGGUGUGCUGCUGGAAGAUGGCCACGUGCACACCAUCGUCCCGACGGGUGCCAACGUUGACGUGCCGCCUUGCGGAACAAAAGUGCCUCAGGAUGGUCACGUGGUUGACGAUCGGUUAGAAGAGCACCAUGGCUCCGAUCGGAUGCUGUUCACGUGGGGAGUUUACUUUUCCGGCCUGGUGCCACUGGAAAGACGCAACGAAAAGCGCCUCCGACCGAACACGCUCGUAUUUCAGCUGCAUGGUGGCUACUUCACGUCGGCCGCAUAUAUCCUUGAACCGCACGAGCAGCCACCGGCGGUGGCGGGAACGACGACGACAACGGCGGCGGCGGCGGUUGCUAAUGUAGCCGACGGGAUGAUACCAAAAACAAUCGCUAAUGCUGGCCACGCUGGCACUCCACCUUCGGCUACGAUCCCGAUCGUGGGUGUCGAAGCGGGUUGGCGUGGUGGCAGUGGACGCGGAACCACUCCAACCGAAAACGUCUUACACUGUGAUACUAGCAAUAAUUCCUCCCCAGUAGCGGCUACUCCUCAGCAGUUCCACCUGGCGCCCUCUUCCACAUCCCCGAAUCAGUGGAGUUUUGCGAACGGUGGUGCGCUGUUAGGCGUUGAGCAGCGGUACGAAAAGCUGUCCGUUUCGCCGGCGGCCGGCAGCAACAGCAGCGGUAUCAGCACCGCCAUACACCGGGUCCGUUCCACCAGCCCGCCCGCGAUGAGUUGGACAGGACCGACGGAGACGAAUCUGAAGCUACGCUACCUGCUGAUGGAGUUCCCAACGGCGGAAGUGCGCGCGAGCUACGAUCUGCUGCGGUUGCUGGCGGUACAGGAACGCCAACGGCGCAUUCGUUACGAAGCGGACAGUGCCAAAUCGCUCGCCGACCGUAUCUGCAUGAAGAGUGCCUACUGUCUGAACCUGGAGCUGUUCAGUAGCAACCAUUUGGUUUACCGAACCGCGGUUAACCAUCGAACUGGCGGCAUGGGCAAACAGUUGAGCCGCCUGCUGUACCAGGAGCGCGAACCGAUCGAACCGACGAUACUACUGCGGGGGCAGGAACUGCGGCGGCGUAUCGAGCGGGCUAAAUUCCGGUGCCGGUUGUUGGCGCAGGAGCGUGACAGGAUUUGCGGUGACAUGCAGCAGCUGCGCAAUCAGCUUAACGUGGCGUGCGAUAGCAAUAUCGAGCGCGAAUCGGCACUAAUGGAGCGUUACCGGACGUACGGGCGCGAGAAGGAGCAUCUCUACCAGCAAAAGAUGGCCUACGCUAGUCAGAAGGAUAGUGUGCGAGAAAUCUGCGCAAAGAUGCUGACUGUGCGGCACCAGUUGCUGACGGGGUUGAAUGAAAUUUAUUACAUUAAAUCGACGAGCCAAGGCAUCUACACGAUCAACGACGUUCCGCUGCCGAAUGCGGAAUCGUACACCGACUCAACGCCGGCGCUGGUCCUCAGCGUUGCUCUUGGCUUCGUUGCCCACGCUGUGAUGAUGUGUUCCACUUUUUUAGAUAUUCCUCUACGAAACCCUAUUAAAUAUGACGGUUCUCGAUCGAAGAUAGUGGACCACAUUAAGCUGUUGCCGACGGUGGAUCGAGACUUCCCUCUGCAUUGCCGUUCCGGUCCGGCACCGAACGCCGUACUGUACGGAGUGUACCUGCUGAAUCAGAACAUUUCCCAGCUCAAGCAUCAGCUUUCGAUGAGCCGAGGCGAUCCACGGGCAACGCUUGUUAACCUGCACGGUAUUCUCUCCAUUCCGGGCAUCGGUGGCACUCUGCUAAAUCGUGCCCUCGAGGAACCGUUCCAAAUGCUACCCGCGUCCGUGUUCGGUUCCUCGUCGGUCGAUCUUAAGAUGUCCCCGGGGUUCCUCUCGCUCCCGGGUGGCAGUAGCAGCUGCAGCAGCAGCAGUGGCUCAUACUUUCGUGACAGCCCCUCAAGCAGCAGCAGGAUUUCCCGGUCGGUUGAUAACUACACGGACCGGUUUCAGGAUCGGCGACUGCAAAUAUUGCACCAUAGACCGCACCAAAACCAUCGACAUCCGCUACAGCAAGCGAGGCACCACUCGAGCAGCAGUGGCAGUGCCGUCGAUCAGGACCACCACCUCCCGCAGCGGCGCGGUUGUGGCGAUAAUAAAUUCUCCUCCGAUCCCAUCCUAGCGCAGGCUCCACUGGAGCGGCCGUUCGACUUUGAAGGUGGUAAAAAAUUCUAGCAUAUGUGGGUAGUGUGCAAGUCAAGAAUGUCCUUUGGGGCUUCAUUAACACUGUUGAAGUUUGCCCCUCGUUCUGUUUCCUUGUUUGAGUUUUAAUUUAAUAUUUAUUGAAACUUUCCAGCUACGUUCGGGUCUAGCGAAACGAAUAAAACGAAUUACGA